AGCCAGCAGCAGCAGCACCAGUUUAGUGAAGGUGAUUGUGAAAAAAAACAUUACACACAAUAAAGCACUCUACCAGAGAGACAGUGAGCCAUCAAGGGAAGGAAAAACACUUUCGAUCAAUCGCCGAGUGAGCAGUGGGUUUUGUGAUAUGGCCGAAAAAUUCGCCUAACAGGCAGUGAUGGAAAUCCGAUAGUGACGACUGUUUUUGCUAGAGGAGUGACCUAACAUAAGCAAUUCGUCGGAAGAGGGAGGUGGCGGAGCACCAGCGUACCAGCAGCUGAGAAGUAAUUAGCUUUUCUAAUCAAAAUCAAUUUCGAUUACGAGUGGAACUGUAGGUAGUAUACAGUGGUUGUGGUGGCUUUUCUUGCGGUGAUUCAAUUUUUCGGGUUGGUUCGUGGCUUGCGUAGAACACUGCCAUCAGUCACUCUGCUAACAGAGCUGCUGCAGUAGAGAAAAAUGUCGAAUAAAAUAAACAACCCGAAAAGGCGAGAGGUCACUGGUUCGUCUUCUUCAAAUUCCUCAAUCUCGUCAGUGGGCGCAGGAGAUAAUGGAAUAUCCGCAGAUUUGGCCUCAUUGUUCGAGUGUCCGGUGUGCUUCGAUUACGUGCUACCGCCGAUUCUGCAGUGUCAAAGUGGCCAUUUAGUGUGCACAAGUUGCCGUUCGAAAUUGACCUGUUGUCCCACAUGCCGCGGAUCUCUGGGGAACAUACGCAACCUGGCAAUGGAGAAGGUUGCCUCAAAUGUAAAAUUUCCCUGCAAACAUUCGAACCACGGUUGCACCGUGUCGUUGGUGUACACCGAGAAAGCUGAACAUGAGGAAGCCUGCGAGUUUCGUCCGUAUCUCUGCCCUUGCCCUGGAGCAUCCUGCAAAUGGCAAGGGUCGCUCGACUACGUAAUGCCACAUUUGAUGAUGUCUCACAAAAGCAUUACCACACUUCAGGGUGAGGACAUUGUUUUCCUUGCCACCGACAUCAAUCUUCCGGGUGCGGUCGAUUGGGUCAUGAUGCAGUCUUGCUUUGGACACCACUUUAUGCUGGUGCUGGAGAAGCAGGAAAAAUACGACGGACAUCAGCAGUUCUAUGCGAUUGUCCAAUUGAUCGGAUCUCGUAAGGAAGCGGAGAAUUUUGCCUACCGAUUGGAACUGAACGGAAAUCGGCGUCGAUUGACCUGGGAAGCGAUGCCACGGUCCAUCCACGAAGGAGUGGCUAGCGCAAUCCUCAAUUCGGACUGUCUGGUGUUCGAUACCUCAAUCGCGCAGUUGUUUGCGGAUAACGGAAACCUCGGAAUCAACGUAACUAUUUCCGUAGUCUAAGAAGGUUUCCUCACUCCCUUAUUUUUUGUUGACUUUCAUUACUUUAAAAUUAAUCUACAUUAAAUUAAUUUAUCGUCAUGUAAACAAGCAUACACCACAAACACACAAGCACAUAACAUGUAGUAGCGAAGAAAUCAUGUAUAUCGAACACGAGGAGAGAAUUGAUUGACGAGAGAGAUGGUACACUACUGUUCGAAUUAAUCAGUGAAAUUGUAGUUGGAACGAAUUGCAUUGACAUAUGGCAUCGUUUUUAAACAAUCACCCUUUACAUUAAAACCUUAGUAUAAAAUCAGUACCGAAUAGCGGCCCAGUUCUGCGUUCCAGUUCCGCCGUUCUUUGCGGCGCGGCGGCAGAGCUGAUGGGCAAACACGAAAUGCAAAGUUUUCGAAGUCGCGUGUGUUAUAGCUAGUAGUGUCAGGAUGUAACAUUUUCAGUCAAUAAACAAAUUUUAUUGAGAAAAUCUAA